AUGAAGAUGGACAUUCAAAGAUAUGCAGUAAUGGUUACUGUCACUUUUGCAUGGAUGGGAGUUGCAGCAGCUACUUAUAAUUAUGUUUUAAAUGGAGCUAUUAUAACAAAAUUAAAUUCAAAUGAUUCUAAUCUGAAUUUUGGUUUAAGAUGGGUUUAUGGUAAUGGAUCAGAAAUUAUUACAGAUAAUCUUCUUCAUUUAAAAAGUUUUAUACAUAGUGUUGGAUCAACAAUUCAAGGUCAAUUAAAACCUUUAAACCUCAAAAAUAAAAGAGUUAAUAAGUUUAAUGCAGAUUGGGCAAGCUAUAAUUAUGUUAACGGAAAUUAUAAUUUAAUUAAUCAUUGGUAUAAUUCUGAAAAAUAUGAUGAUAUUACUUAUGAAGUUCAAACUCAAGAUUUUAUUCUGCAACAAUGA